AACUGCAGAACGAGUGAUUUCGUAACCGAUAAGAUUUGUUUUUUGUGUAUUUUUUACCAUUAAACGUUCGUACUUCAUUAUUUAACGUUCUAAUACUUAUACCUAUUUGAAAUAAGUUCUUUUCCAAAUUCGUCAUUAUGCGUUUUACAUUCGUUAUUAUUUUGUCUAUGGUUUCUAUAAAUUUCGCCUUAGGAGCCAGACCUAGAUAUGGACGCGUAAGUUAUCCCAAAGAAAGUGACUCCGAACAAGAAACGAACCGGUCGAACGAAACCACGAAUUUCCCAAAAUGUAUUAAAAAGUCCGAAUUGGAAGAAUUUGUUCGAUACAAACAGCUUUUUGAAGUAAAAAAUACCAUAGAUCAAUUCGAAACGCACUGGGGACUUUAUUUCGUACCGGAUUGGAAUCAGUUGAAUAGGAUUAAUUCGCCAACUCAUCAAGAUUAUGAGAUUCGUCGCCAAAAAUGGAGCUAUAUUUUUACUCAUUUUGGAGAUUACCCCGUAGUCAAACGGUUGAAUUCGGAAUUGCAAAAGGCUGGUUUUACUCAGACAACGUUCGUUGAGGAGAUAGUCGAAACUUACAUGAUGAUUUCAUAUGGGCAUGGGCCGCCAAUUUUGGAUGAAAAAUCAAACGAUCUUGUUGUUAAAAACGAAUCACAAGUGGUUGCUGAUCCGCUACAGCGAAAAUGUGUACAAGUUUUCAUGAGCUGUGUUUCGGAUUCCAAAUUGAAGUGUGAUGAAAACGAAAGAAAAGUACAGGUUCCUGAAUCGUUGUAUAAUGAGCUGAUUCGUAAUAAUGCUCACGUCGCAGUUGUUAAACAGUAUUACGAAGAUAGACUUAAACGUUUAAAGCAUCUCUGCACAAAAAAAAUUGAAGAAUGCAAAAAUGAAGAAAGUAGUUAUAGAAGAGAACGUAUGGAUUCCAACAUUAAUUCUUCCGAUUACUAAUUUGAAUCAAAAAUUAUAAUCUCGCUGAGUUCAGAAAUAUUUUUAGACCAAAUUUUAAAUUCAGAAUUCAAUUUCUCGAUUUUUGACGAAUUUUUGAGAAUUUAUAAGCUACGUGUUUUUCCGUAAUAUUAAAAGAAAUCAAUAUUAUUCUAAUGGAAAACUGCGCGAAUCUAUUUUACUCUCUCGAUUGAUGAUGGUUUAUUCAGGCUGAUCUAGAGCCUCCAACAGAUAUUUUAAAGAUUUUUUUGUUUUGAAAAAAUUGUCGUAAAAAGAAUGAUAGGUUCUAGAUUUCAUUUUGACCCUUUUUAUAUGUGUAAUAUUUUAUCUAAACCUGUAAAAUCCAAAAAUCUAUCUCCAGAACAAUAACUUGAAAACGUCAACAAUUGAUUUUGAAGAUUGAAAAUAUUCUGCAAACAAAAUUUCAAGUUUCUAUUUAAAUUAUUAUUCAACUUUUUAAUUUUUUUUUUUCGUGGAAAAUUGAUCUUUUAGCUUUGAAAAACUGAACAAAAAUCAAGAAACUGAAUUCAGCACCUUAAAUGUGGUCUAAUAUGUAGUUAUAAAUGUAUAUUCUUGUAUGCUUAUAUUUUGAUUUCUCCGUAUCCGAUCCGCCGAUUGAGAUAGGUACUUUUUGUUUUGAAUAAAAUUCAGCCAAUAGAAAUAUUUUUCAGUG